UCCUCUGCGGGACGGCUCCAAAAUAGUGUGUGGUGUUUAAGCAAGGGUGCUGGGAGUGGGAGCCACGCGUUUUUAAGUGUGGUGAAAUUUUGCAGCAUAGCAUAAACAACGGUCGACUGCGGCGAUUUUCGCGAUGGGGAUGCAAUGCGAUUGCUGAUAUCGGUGCCAUUAGGAAGAGGCAAGUGUUUAUCGUGUGGGCAAGACUCGACUUGGAUGCUGCAAACGCCAGAAAGAGGGUGUGCAGUUUACGAAACGUCAAACCAGUGUCGGUGGUGAGCCUGUGGGUGGUGCUGGAGAAAAAUCAAUCACUGGGCGUUGUAUGUGGCACGAAAACAAGGCUGCGGAACGUGACUUGCCCGAGGCAACGGGGAAUUUAUGACGUGGUUGUGGAGCAAGUAGCAGGCAUGGAAAUAUAAUUUGUUUCCCUUUGCGGGCUCCCCCAAUGUGGCAUUAAAAACAAAUUGUUUUGUGCGAGAUUCCCAGAGCCGACUGGCGUCUAACGGUGAGUGAGAGAGUGAGAGAAUUAUCCUUCAAAAGAAGACGAAGGAAAUACGUUCCUCGUGUUCAACAUUGUGUGGUGGAUGGGCAAAUAAAAAUCUAUGUCUCGCAGCAAGGCGAAAGUAUGCUUCAGAGGAAAAUCCAAUAAUUCACGGUUGAAAAAACUAAUAACACCAAAGUGCUCACAUUCGGAUGCUGUGCAUGAGUGUCACGGUGGUGCUUCCAGAAGCUAAACAUCUUGUCGGGGUGAAAGAUAUUGAUUGCCCCUUCCCAGCUGCUUGAACCCAACCAGCUGAGACGGACGUUCCCCAGUGAAUAUCCUCGAGAUGGUGUGAUGGUGGUGUGUCGGUGCUGUGUGUCUCUGUGCUAUGUUGGUGAUAUCAAUAAGAUAAAAUCGUGAAAAAUCACAUCACGACGGCGACGAAGACGACGACUGAGUGUCUUGUGUACCGGAGUGGGAUUCGAUCGCAUCCAAGCGACAAUUUCGACACCAAAGUGUGGGAUUUACAACGCAUUAGUAAAGGAUUAAAUCGUAAGAAAAAUCAAAACAAUCUAUCACAGGAUUACCAAGCAGCAUCGAGACUGAAGGCGGUGGUGGUGAACUCUAUCUCGAGCCGAAGGACAUUUUGGAAUCCUCCUCCCACGUACCGAUGAUGCAAGGCGGAUUCAAACAUCGUAUAAACACGCACAGAAUCGUCUCCUAAACUGAACCGGACUUUUAUAGCAGACCCUGGAGAGCCAUCAACGCGUUCGGAAGUAUCCUUGGACAACCGGAACGAUUAUGAAAUGCUAUGACCCAGCACGACAAACCCGAUGUCCUCGUGAACAGCAGAAGCACAUUGGAUUUGCAUUUCCUUCUGCUACCAUCAUCAUCAUCAUCAACCACGACGGGAACGGCCGGAGAUCCUCGUUAUCGCAGUGAUAAAACAGCCCCGCCAGCUUGACACCCGUCGUGGGCCAGGACCCGGACAAUUGUACACUGCAGUGUGGGAGGGCGAAAUAAAAGAACGGAUAUUCCGAGUCAAAGAUUAUGACUUAGCUAUGAGAUGAUGUUCAUCCGACUCGCUUGACUCGGUUGAUGAAGAUUUGCAGCAGCAGCAACGGUAUCGUCCGGAAGUGUUGGGGACACAAAAACAGAGUGCAAGCGUUGGAAAUUAAGUGCAGAUAGUUGUCAUCUGGGCUGGGCAGCGAAGACACCAGCGAGGAGGACGACGAGAACUAGAGACGACUCCGGCAAUUGCGGUACGUGGUCGGUCGGUCGUUCGUGUCUACGUGGAAUGAAAAUGAAAGACAAAUAAGCCUCGCACCUUGGGGCGUCAUCGGUGAAGAGGGGUAAGCCAGAAGGUGAAGAGGGUUCGAGUGAAGUGAAAUUAAAAAGCUGGUUUCUGGUGACAUCGGGUUUCAGUUGACGGUGGUCCCAGAUGUGAAGUGGCGAGAAAAUUUAUACAUUAGUGUUUUAUUUCGUGCCCCAGGACGACGACAACGGCUUGGCACGAUGAAACCGGGAAGACAAUGAGAGUGGAAGCAGGGAAGACUUGCAUGUGCCUCGCGCUGCGGAAAGAGAAGAGCAAAAAUUGUGAGAUUUGUUUCCAGAGUGAUGCCACUGCCGGUAGUGAAUUGAAAGCGACAGAAAAAAAACGUGCAAAAAUCGCAAUUUCCUCGCCAGGGUGAAUCGGAAUGGAAGAGGAAACUUCGUUAUUAGCGAGCUGGAGUACAAAAAAUUAAUUCAAAUUUUCCUAGCCAGAAAUUUCAAUUUUCCGUUGGUUUCCGUAGACGGCGGAGUGGGCAAAAAAGUGAAUCGAUUUUUGUCGACCGCUGUGGCAAGCAAGCAUAGAAAAGAAUUAGCUGCGGAAAAGAACUGCGACAAAUCGGCAGAUCGAAAGUGAAACAAAUUUAUAUCGUUAGGAUCGAUCGGAAGAUGAGAAACCCAAUUAGUGACUCGAUACCAAAUCUCAGGAAGAAAAGUUGAAAAACGAUCAAAGUGGUGCUCGAACGACGACAAGUGUAGCAGGGUUGCAAGCGAAAAAUGUGGCUUAAUCUAGUGAUUCUGGGCACACUGUUUUACAUGAUGCGCCUGGUCAACGGCUGUCCGGCCGAUUAUUGUACGUGUAAGUGGAAAGGUGGCAAACAAACGGUUGAAUGCGGUGGGCAGCAGCUUACUCGGAUACCGGACGAGAUGGACCCCGGAACGCAGGUCCUGAACUUUUCCGGAAACGGACUAACGCUCCUGCCAAACGAACGCUUCAAAAAGAUGGAUCUGAUCAAUCUGCAGAAAAUCUACCUGGCGAGAAAUCAACUCAUGAAAAUACACGAACGAGCAUUCAGAGGACUUACGAAUCUUGUAGAGCUGGAUCUCUCCGAAAAUGCAUUGAACGUCGUUCCCACGGACACCUUUAACGAUUACCCUGCAUUGAUGCGAUUAUCUCUCAGUGGAAAUCCCAUCCGAGCUCUACAGACAAAUGCCUUCAAGCUUCUAUCGUUUCUUACCACCUUAGAGUUGAGCAACUGCCAGAUUGAACUAAUAGAAGAUGAAGCCUUCAUCGGUAUGGAUAAUUUGGAGUGGCUUCGCUUGGAUGGUAACCGGAUAACAGCCAUCCAAGGUAAUCACGUGCUACCGGAAAACCUACACGGCAUCAAUCUCCAAGCGAAUCGAUGGCAGUGCGAUUGUCGGCUCCUAGACAUUCACACGUGGCUCAACAGUUUCAACGUUCCACAGCGUGAAGAACCCAAGUGCUCCGGACCACUACGGUUAGCGGGUCAGAUAAUCAAAUCACUUCAACACGAAGACCUAGCCUGCCUUCCGGUCAUCACUCCGGACUCACUUUACCGGGAAAUAUCCGAAGGUCGAAACAUGAGCCUAACCUGUAAAAUAUCUGCCAUUCCAGAAGCCUCCGUGUCCUGGUGGUUCCAGGGUCAACUCUUACAAAACGACAGCCUGCUGGCGUCCAACUUACACCUCUACCACUACAGUGAAGACUCCGGCGAAGAGAAACGCAGCGAGCUUCUCAUCUACAACAUCAGUCCCGAGGACAACGGGACAUUCUCUUGCAUAGCGGAAAACUCAGCCGGACGAAUUCAAGCAAACUACACCUUGCAUGUCAUAGUCAAAGAAGAACCCGUUGUAGAAGAGGUCACCUUCUCACAGGAAUACUUCCUAAUCAUAGUAGGAGCCAGUGCGGCGACCGGUUUCCUUCUGUUUCUUACACUGUGUAUAAUCAUCUGCAGAUGUAGCAAGCGUAACAGUAAGCGUAACUCUAGCAAGAAAACCCGUGGAAAGUCUGGGUCUGACACAACCGGCAACAAUCAAAAAUGUUCAUCCAUCACCAACGAUAUCGGCGAACCGUUGACAUGUGCAAAGAUCAACGGAACAGUUGCCAUCAGCGAGAGCAAUCCACAGGAUGUAGUUCUCUAUCUCAACACGGGAAGCAAUCUCGAGAAAGCCGGUUUGAGCAAUCUGCAAAUCGGAGGCCAAGUGCAGUUUUGCAGUCCUCCUUCGGCUCGCAGCUACCAGGAUCAAAAUCCUGACCUCAUAAACGACGCAGAAAGUGGGAAUAAAAUCCGAACAAGAUCUGACGCGAUGGAUUCGGACGUCGGAGAAAAAGACUCAGAUGAGCAGAGCAGCGUCCAAGAUGCCAGUAGUGAAGCGAGUUUCCAACAAAGCUACUUCCAAACUCCUAUGGGUAUUCGACCCAUGGGUCCACGAAUUUCCGCCCUGUCAACACUGCCUCGAGGAAUGAGCAAGGAUAUGUAUCAACACCAGGUGGACAUUCAUCUCAGUCCGGGAUGCUUCCUGGACCAGAAUGGCUACCCCAUCGAUAUUAACCUAAUGACACAGGGUGGUCCCACCGUGAACUACUACCGGACGCUGCCGCAUAACCGAGGCCAGAAGGGACAGCAACCGAACAAGGUGCGCUACUCGAAUGAUGCCGAGUUCAUCACGCGAACGUCACAAACCUAUCAGCUUUACGGUGCACCGGGGGACAUCCGAUACACGGCCGAAGGCUACCCCCAACAGGCAUCGGGCAGUGAAGCCACGGGUACCAGUCAAUUUCCUUCACCACCGGAAGGCUACAAAGGCGAUCCGACUGCCGUUUCCGGUGUGCAAUCGGUGACCUACAUGAACCCACCGGCAGCGUUCUGCGUAGGCCCGUCAACACCCCAGCAGUGGCCAUCGUUCCUACCGGGCUAUCAUCCCCAUCAGCUGAUACCGAUCGCCGGUCAAGUGGGAGCCGAUUUCAACCGAUACUUACCUCCACUGGGGAUGGGCUGUGCUAACGCAGCUGGGAGCAGCAGUCCAUCGGCGCCGGUUCCGGUGCUGAAAAAGUGCGUCGGUGCCCAGACCGGUGAUAUGCUGGACAAGGACGUAAUCCCGGAGCAGUGCGAAGAUGACGAGGAGGAAGCGGAACACGAGAACGGGUCUAAGCUGAGGCACCUGUCCGGGCCGCUGGCGGACAGUCCGGACGAGGGCUACGUCGGCGAAGGGCACGAAUCGACGGACAUUUGACAAAAGAUGAAACCUCCGAUUCUGGAUAAAUCGAGCGUGCUGCACACUUCCUCCUCGAUACAGCUGGAAUCGGGCGAUGUACCUUUAUAAGAGGGUGAGUGUGCUCGGGUAGGUGGCGUGAUUAUGUGGACGAGAGUGUGAGAGUGGGUGUGUAUUUUGUAGGUGAGGUAUUUUAUAAAAGAGGAAAUUUAAUAAACGCGAUAGUUGUUUGUGAGAGGGGGAAACGGGCAAGUUUCGGCAUGCAUAUUGGAGAUGGAAUCUAAUGUUUACAUUUGCGAGUUUAUCUUUUUUUAUCUGUGCAUUGAAGAAUGCAUCGCUCUGUGCUCGGAAUUAUGGUUAAUUUAAUAUGAUUGAAGAUAUUUUAUGAAAGCGAUAAUUUGUAGCAAAAUCUGUAAACGCUUGAUUUUAUUUUUCGGUUAACUUAGGUCUGCUAGGCAUGCAACGGAAAAUCCUGAGAAACCUGAUUUCUUUUUAU